GUUUCAUGCAUAAACGCAGCCUUUCAAUUAAUAAGAGACUCGACAUUUCAAAUGUAUCCGAAAGGUUUCAAUAUAUUAACUUGACACAAAAUAACCUGACGCUGUUCAUUGAUGUAUUUGACCACGUACUAUGUGCGUACAGGGCUGUAGAAUAUGGUCUUGCAUACAGUCUGAUUUGCUGCAUUAUAUGGAGCAUUAUUUUCUUUAAUAUCUUCAACCAGCAGAAACAGGAACUAAUCUUUCGACCAGCUAAAUCAGAAGCAAGGGAGCUAAAAUGUGUUCCAUAUCUAGGAACUGUUUAACAAUAAAUCGUUAAUUUGAAAAAAUAUAUGAUAGACUAUUAUUUAAUUCUUUCGACCAGCCGUGUGACUAAAAAAGUCAGGGAACUAUUGUAUAACUUUAAUUACAACAACCGAAGGAAAAUUCAAAGAAAAAUUGCACUGGCGUUAACUAAAUGGAUGGGAAGCAAUAGGAGCGAUCGUGCAUUCAUGGGAUUGGAGACUCGUACAUGUACGACAUCGUACAAGGAUUGAAGAUAAUGAUCAACUUGUUUCAAGGAUGUCAGCGGACCCUAUUUUGUUCUACCGCUUGGAUUAACUGAUAUCGUAAAUACAGAAUCCGUAUUUCCUUCUUGAUCCUCGCGAUGCUCCGUGGCAAAAUCCAUCGCGCCUCAUCUAUUGAAAUAUUGAUCGUCGUCAUCUUCAUAAUGCCUGUAUUUAUGUUCUGGACAUCUCUGAUGCAGUAUGAAGCAAAAUCGUGCGACCUUUACAACCCUCAAGUUAUUCAUGUGAAAGAGUACCCGCGUACAGUUAAAAAAACAUAUUCCAAGCUCGUAGAUGAUGCUCGCAGACUCCAAGACACGUUAACUAGUACAUUAGAAUUUACCGAGAAAAUUGAAGCAGAAUUGAAUAAGAUAAGAAGCUCAUUAGGGACACUUGUAAAGAGAAGCCGUAGCGGCGAAGUUAUAAUGGGAAUACAGAGUUCGAUAGGCAAAUUACAAGAGCUACAGAAUUUAAUGAAAGAAAAAUAUCAGAUCGCACAACCGUCCAAUUCAUACGAACACAUACUGGGUCGAAAAGAAUUCGUGCCAACUGAUAAAGAGUUGGUGCAAUCUGGAAGAAAGUACCUCGUGUGUCCAGAAAAGUUUAAUGGAUCGAAAUUCGGGUAUCCAUUCUUCUACAAAGGUUUUGUAGAUCUACCUUGUGACCACCCUCCUCUCUCUAGUUUGAUCACCAUCCUGAUUAAUAUGGCAGAUUACUCCCAUAAAAAUCAUAAAUCAAUAUCUGCAAUUUUCAGAGGAGUAUCAAAACAUUUUAAUGAAGUCCAAUUGAUAAUUGGUUACCGUAUUGGACAAUAUAUUAGAACUAUCAAAACACAUGGAGUCAAUGUCCGUUUUUCAGAAUUUUCCACAAAGGCAAAUCCUGGAUUUAUUUGGAAUAAGCUCAUUGGUCAAGUGAUGACACAAUUUGUUUUAAUUGGUCGUAAUUUGCAAAUGCUUACAUGGGACAUACGCAUUGAUAGGCUAAUUCGAGAGUCAGAACUCAUGGACACGCCUAUUGUGGGAGGAGCUAUACGGACAAACGAUGGCCAUUGGUCAAUGGGAUGUCAGCAAUUUCGUUUAAGAAACUACACAUUGGUUUAUAAAAGUGGGUAUGAUCUCUCAAAUCAUGAAUGUGUGUUUUGCGAUCACCUACAGGGGCCAUUCUUAGCCAAAACCAGAUUCAUGACGUCAUAUCCGUUUAGUAGAACUUUACCAAAAGAGGUGUUAUUUGAGUCAUUUUUUCUAAAUCUCAAUCAACAUUUGAAAAAACAAUUCCCUUUGUGUCCAGACAGUAUGUUUCACGUUGAAACCACGCCUAUUCCUGAAAGAGAUAUUUGGAUUCCUCUUGCGAAACGUUGGAAUUUAUAUCGUCUGCGUUUGUCAUCCGGGCAACUGUAUGGGUUUGAUUGCAAGAAGAGCAAAACUAGGUUUAACAGAGAAGCUGGUAUGGCCCAACCUCCAUGCAGACUACAAGAGCUAACUGAUUUCAUUAAAGCAGUUAUGAGUUUGUGUGAAAAAAAUAACAUUUUAUGCGAACUUCAGGAAGGCACUGCCUUAGGCGCCGUGAAGUUCAACAAAGUCUUACCAUGGGAAUUAGACGCUGAUAUCACAUUCCAUUCCUCAAACUUUUCUAAAUUUGAAUCUCUGGCGAGUUCAUUCCGGCAACUUGGGUACAAGUUAGUAGUGAAGAGCCGACCUUGGUGUUGUGUCGACGGCGUUAUAGCCGGUGGAAUAUUUAAUGUUUUCUCACAAAACUGGAAAGUUGAAAUGUACGGUCAACAUUUAAUGGAUUCCGAAAAAAUGAUCCACAGAGGGUUAACCCCAACACAAGUGCACUUUGAUGGUCAAUGGGUUAAUGUACCAACAAACCCCGGAUUAUUUGUAAGGAACCGUUAUGGAAAGGAGGUGUACCAACAUGCCCAACAUUGGAUGACCUUAGGGCACUCAACAGGAUGGACCCCUUAUGUACCUUCCAAGUUUAAAACCUGCUCAAAACCAGGAGAUAUGGCCUGCUUAGAUCAGUACUUAGCAGACGGAAAUCUACAAUUUGAAGAACCACUUAUUUAGAGAGUCGUGCUUGUCUCUAAAAGCAAAAGAUACGUGUGUUUAUGACUCCCUAUUCUAUACGCUCCCCUCUAUAAGUGUGUUAACAGGAAAGCUUGUUAAAGCCUAUUUAUAUUUCAUUUGUUUUAGUUCCUCAUGUGGGGAAAUCAAUACAAAGAUGAAAUUUUAAGACAUGUAUUCGACUUUGUCUCGUGCAGAAUACAGAAUUUCUCCAGCACAAUGUUUUCUGUAUUUCACUUCAAAUCAUUCAAUAACUUAGUGUAGAAGGCUUUUAUGUUCGUAUUUCGGGUAUCCCAAAAAUGAGACGCAUAUUUUCUCGGUAACUGAUUAGCCAAAUUCAUUGAAAAUUCGUACAAAGUAGCCUAAGAGUAUCAGUAAAAAGUUGUAAAAGUAUAAAAAAGAUCAAAUAAAUAUUCUCUGAGAACUAAGAAAUUCAAAAUAGCAUGUCAAAAAUUCCCAUACCAGAGCUCUGCGAUGAGACCUCUAUAGUGUUUUAACAACUAUCAGGUGAUAACAUCUGUCAGUCAGUCAAAAUAGCUUGUCUGUGUGUCCUGUCUAAUUAAUCUGUUUAAUUGUUACCAAAUAGCCAAAAUUCAUUCAUUCUCAAAAUUAAUUGGAGGUGAUAUUUCAAGAAUAGAUACUGAAAAGUAUUUUUGCUUGGAAAUGGAUUAAAAAGUGACUCUUUCAUUGAUAUUAUGGUUAUUUUGAAAUAAUUUAAUUAAAGUCUUUAAUUCAAAAAUACACACAUGACAUGAAACUAAUCUCUUACCAUAUUCAUAGCACUGGCAGAAAAUACCCCUGUGCCUCAAGUAAAGUUUUCAAAGAAUUUGCCUUAUCUAUUGCUCAGAUAUUACUUGUCAAUUUGCUUCCAACUUUUCGGUACAAACGUUAUUAAGUUCUCAUUGCGUUGCUCCGGUAUGGUAUAUUUUGACAUGCCAACUUGAAUUUCUUAGUAGUCACAUAACAUUUAUCUGAUCUUUUUCCUAUUUUUAU